CGGGCUGCGUGCCUACGCAGAGGCCUGACAGCGCGGGGCUCAGGUCGGCAGUGGCGGCCUGGCUUUGUUUUUAGGCCAGGUCUCUGGGACCGGCCAGGGAAGAUGGUGCUGGGGGGCUGCCCUGUGAGUUACCUACUGCUGUGCGGCCAGGCGGCCUUGCUGCUGGGGAACCUGCUACUGCUGCACUGUGUCUCUCGGAGCCACUCCUUUAAUGCCACGGCCGAACUGGAUCUCACACCUUCAGGCGCCGCUCACCCAGAGGGUCCUGCGGCCCCCAACUUAGAAUACAGGGACCCCAACUCUCCGGUCAUCCUUUGCUCUUACCUACCCGACGAGUUUGUAGAGUGUGAUGCCCCAGUGGAUCACGUUGGAAAUGCAACUGCAUCCCAGGAGCUUGGUUAUGGUUGUCUCAAGUUUGGGGGCCAGGCCUACAGUGACGUGGAACACACAGCAGUUCAGUGCAGAGCCCUGGAAGGAAUUGAGUGUGCCAGCCCCAGGACCUUCCUCCGAGAGAAUAAGCCUUGUAUAAAGUACACCGGACACUACUUCAUAACCACGCUCCUCUACUCCUUCUUCCUGGGAUGUUUCGGCGUGGAUCGCUUCUGUCUGGGACACACUGGGACAGCAGUCGGGAAGCUGCUGACACUCGGAGGACUUGGGAUCUGGUGGUUUGUUGACCUCAUUUUGCUCAUCACCGGGGGGCUGAUGCCCAGUGACGGCAGCAACUGGUGCACUGUCUACUAGACACUGCUGCCAUCCCGAACCAGCAAGGAGGAGGAGUGCUGGGCCACCACAUUCACUACCACAAGCUCUGAGUCCCCCUCUGAACAUCACCGUCCUCCUAGAAGGACAGACUGUAUUUUUCAACCCAGAUCUUCCCUUGCAAACCAGGAAUGGCAAGCAGUGUUGCGGGAGUCCAGCCAUAAUGUUCCUCGUGUACCAAAUAGGAGAGAUGGAAGACAGUGACUUCCACCCCACACAUCAGUUUCCCUGCUGACUCUGGGUGGCUGAAUCUUUGGUCGUUUUGGAGCAGGGGAACCCAACAGGAUAAACCAAGGGUCUAUCCACUCACCGCCUUCUGUGGCCCUGAAUCUUCACGCACAGAUCGGAAGCUGCACUACUGAGCAAUGUCCAGCCGAUGCAGAAAUGACCGUGGAUUUUAAUACACACCAAAAUUCUGCAUCUGUGAAUUUAAACUGCAGAAUAAAGUUUUAAAACCCAGCCUGCUGUGUGAGCAUUUUGAAUGGAGAAUGAA